UGAAGACUAGAGCAAUCAGCAGGGAGAGAUACUACGCUAGUCAUUUCUGACGACAGCACACCGGCUGAACAAGCAAUAUGUCUGGAUUUGUUUUAACUUAUUUCCCACUGAGAGGAAGAGGGGAGCCCAUUCGUCUGAUCUUGGCUGAUAAUGGAGCUAAGUGGACCGAGGAUGUGAUACAGCUUCCUGAUUGGUUUGGUGGAAAAAGUCCUGUGAAGAAAGAAGCAGUGUUUGGUCAGUUGCCUCAGUUUAGUGAUGGAGACUUUGUUCUGUAUCAGAGCAACGCCAUCCUGAGAUACCUAGGACGCAAAUUUGGUGUUGCUGGAAGCAAAGAUCAUGAGAUCGCUGUCAUUGACAUGAUAAACGAUGGGGUGGAAGACCUGAGACUGAAGUACAGCCGCUUCAUGUUCUUUGAAUUUGAAACUGGGAAGGAGAAGUAUGAAAAGGAUCUACCAAAUCAGCUAUCAGCAUUUGAAAGGAUCCUUUCUAAAAAUUCCAAUGGAACCAAGUUUCUGGUGGGAGACAAGAUUUCCUAUGCAGAUUACAACCUCCUGGACAUCCUUCAUUGUCACCUCAAUAUCUUCCCAGACUGUCUGUCUUCAUUCCCCCUCCUAACUGCAUACAAAGACCGCAUUGCAUCACGAAGCAACCUCAGUGAAUAUCUGAACUCCGAGGACUGUACAAGCAGACCAUUUUUUCCAAAACGAGGCUAAAUACUACUAUUCCAUGUUGACUUAUCAUACAGAAGUCUACCUCGUAUAUUAUGUCAUUUCCCUUGCUAUGUCAUUAAACAGUACAUAUGCAUAAA